UUAUCCGGGUCCUCAAGCAGUCCAGCCAAUCAGCGCGCGUCAAGGGCGUGCGCCAGGCUCUGAUUGGUGCGUUUGGACAGCCGAGCCCUGUUUGAAAUCCGUUAACGGCGGGGGCGGAGGCGCCGCGCGGAGUGGCGGCGGCGCUGCUGAGGGUUGUAGCAGUGCAGGCAGAGGACUCGUGGGGACAGUGGGACUGUGAAGAUGUCUAAGCCAGAAUCCCGUUAUUCUUUCGAUGUCCCAAACAUCUGCAUCGAUUUUGCAACUCUGAAUGAGGAUGAUGUACACAAUGCAGACUCCUGGUUUGACCAAAAAGCCAAUCUGGAGAAUGUCCCUCCUGCAGAAAAUCUGGCAAAGGCCUCACACUGCAGCCCUGCUUUUUCAAAGCCUGAUGUUAUCCUGUCUUCUGUCCCAUUACAAGAAGUAGUGAUGAGUGAGAGCAAUGGUGAAGCAGAAUGUGCCCAGGGCAACGCGAUCCCUCAGAAUAUUGUUGGGUCCCUGGCAACCUGGAGAGCUGCUGCCCCUGCAGAGGCCCCUCAGAGACCAGGCAGGAAACUGGCUACAAAGCAGGGGAAAACACAGCAGCGCAAGCAGCCAGGCAGAAUCAAAGCAGAGAGGAUUGCUAAUACCCUGGAUAAUAAGGAAGAUGUUCCACCCUUGAAGAAAAUGAGAAUUUCUGGUAGCAGAGAGAAGGUGACAGAAGCAUCCACGAAGACAGAGGCCUUGCAGGAUCCUGACCUCUCCCCAGGGAGAGGGAAAAGCAAACUGACCAUGCCCUCCACGCCAACAAUGUUGAAGAGGACCAAACCUUCUAGCAAGCCGAAGAGUACAGAGGAGCAGGAGCUGGAAAAGAUGCAGCAGUUGCAGCAGGAGGUUAUGGAGCUGCGGAAGAAGAACGAGGAGUCUCUGAAAGCAGCUAUUGCUGGAGCAGUACAACCCUUGAAGAGACCUGUUGGUCAAGUAACAAAGCCAAUUGAUUUCCACUUCUGCACGGAGAAUAGAAUUAAACAGAAUGCGGAAAGCCAGCCUGGGAACGAGUACAAGGAGCUGGAUUUUGCAGCAGUCCUGAGGAAGCAUCCCCCUUCUCCGGUGCGAAUGCCAAAAGGACCCACUGUCCCCAAACCUUUCAAUCUGUCCCAGGGAAACAAAAGAAAACUCGAAGAAGCCACAACAGAAUAUGUGUCCUUUGCAGAGCAGGUAGAAGCGUUCCAAAAACGCACACCCCCUCGUUACCAUUUGAGGAGCAGGAAAUCUGAGGAAGGCUCAGUUUCCAAAAAGCCGGUGAAGGCUCGGCUCACACACCCCAAAACACCAGUGCUGCGAACAAAACAGCGCUUGAGACCUGUCACCUGCAAAACUGCUGCAGAGUUAGAAGAAGAGGAAAUAGAGAAAAUUCAACAGUACAAAUUCAAAGCACGAGAACUCAAUCAUAAAAUCUUUGAGGGUGGGCCACUCUUGCCCAAGAAACCCACUGUGAAGGAGCUCACCCAACCCAUUGGCUUUCAGCUGGAAGUAGAAAAAAGGAUUCAGGAACGUGAGAGUAAGAAGCAGCAGGAGGAAGAGCGCUUCGAAUUCCAUUCCAGGCCAUGUCCCACAAAAAUCCUGGAGGAUGUUGUGGGUGUUCCAGAGAAGAAAACACUUCCUGUUACAAUCCCCAAGUCUCCAGCCUUCACUCUGAGGAGCAGGACCCGUGUGUCUGGCAGAGAGGAGGAAAAGGAAAAAGAGGAGAUGGCUGUGAUCAAAGCUAAUCCUAUGCCACACUAUGGAGUGCCCUUCAAACCCAAAAUGCCAGAGCAGAGGCACGUGGAAGUUUGCCCCUUCUCUUUUGAUGCCCGGGACAGAGAGCGACAAAUACAAAAAGAGAAAAAAAUAGAAGAACUACAAAAGGAAGAGGUGCCAAAGUUCAAAGCGCUGCCUUUGCCUGACUUUGACCAAGUUAAACUGCCAGAAAAGAAGGUCAAAACCCCAACUCAGCCUGAACCAUUCCAUCUGCAGGUGGAUGAACGAGGAGCUGCCAAGCUCCAGAGCUGGAAACAGCAGCUUAAAGAGGACUUGAAAAGGCAGAAAGAGGCAGCAUGUUUUAAAGCUCGUCCCAACACAGUGACGUCCCAGGAGCCUUUUGUGCCCAAAAAGGAACAUAAGAUGCUAUCAGAGAGCCUUUCUGGUUCUGUAGUUCCUGAAAGCUUUGAGCUGGCAACAGAAAGAAGAGCAAAAGAACGGCAAGAAUUUGAAAAGCGAUUGGCAGACGCAGAAGCCCAAAGGGAGAGGUAUGAGGAGCAGAUCAGGCAGCUACAAGAGGAGCGUGAAAAGGAAGAAGUUGCUAAGCUAAGACAAGAAAUGGUUCACAAGGCAAACCCAAUACGCAAAUACCGCAGCGUAGAAGUGAAGCCCAGUGAUCAACCACUGACUAUGCCAAAGUCUCCCAACUUCUCAGACAGAUUCCGAUGCUGAUGAGCAUCCACGUGAUAACUAGAGGGAGAUCCCAUCCCUCUCCACUCCCUUGGUAGGAGAGAGGGAGCAGUUGUUUUUCCAUGACCGCUCAGUCUGAACUCCUAUGCUUGGUUCCAUUGUUGUACUGAGUAGUUAAACUCCACCUGAGCCAUGGCAUUUCAGCAGUGCCUCCUGGCCUUGCUGUGUAUCCAGACCCCUUCUGCUCUAGAGACUAAACCAGGUUUUGAUAUUGCAUACAGAUAUUGUGUACCUAAAUAAAAAUUCCUAAUCUGCUUGCUGUCUCUGGCUAGUGGGCUGAAGCCCUUUCCUGCAGAAGAGUUUUUGGUAAAGACUGACCUCACAGAUGUGUGCAUCUGGCAGAGCUGUCUUGUGUUUGUACACUAAGUGCUAUUUUCAAGUGUCUGUUUUUUAGCCUUUUAAGUCUAUAUUUAGCUUGAAUUGUGUUAAGUGAGGUUCCCUCAAGCCACUGUAGCGUGGGUCUGGCCUUCCUUGAUGUUUAGAUGACCACAAAUAUAAUUCUUGCCCACGCUUAAAAGUAGUUCUUUGUGUAUAUUAGAGCAUUAAACCAUCUUUUUUAUAGCUGAAGUCCUUCUCUUUGGGGAACCAUUUAUCUGGCAAGUGACUUGCUGUGAGCUGCUGCCCCAGCUCCUGCCAGUGCAGGUCUCUUGGCUACAGAGCCAUCAGCAUCUCUGGCCAGUUUGGGCAGUGAGCAAAGCUAAAUAUAGCCCAAGUGCUCAAAUGUGCUGGAGGACAAAACUGCUGGCAUUGUGAAGAGUGGACACAUCUAGAUUAAAGUUUUAAUAAUUAUUUCUUA